AUGGCCACGUCGCCAAGAGUUUCGCUUAGGGUCAAGAUGAGUCACCGCAAGUACGAAGCGCCUAGGCACGGCUCCCUCGCCUACUUGCCGCGCAAGCGUGCCGCUCGUCACCGUGGAAAGGUCAAGAGCUUUCCCAAGGAUGACCCCAAGAAGCCUGUCCACCUGACAGCCACCAUGGGCUACAAGGCCGGUAUGACUACCAUCGUCCGUGACCUCGACCGUCCUGGUGCCAAGAUGCACAAGAAGGAGGUUGUUGAGGCCGUCUCGGUCAUUGAGACCCCUCCUCUCGUUGCCGUUGGUAUUGUCGGCUACAUUGAGACUCCUCGUGGUCUCCGAUCUCUCACCACCGUCUGGGCCGACCAUCUCAGCGACGAAUUGAAGCGCCGCUUCUACAAGAACUGGUACAAGAGCAAGAAGAAGGCCUUCACCCGCUACUCUAAGAAGUACACCGAGAGCAACGGUGCCUCAGUUACCCGCGAGCUUGAGCGCAUCAAGAAAUACUGCACCGUCGUCCGUCUCCUUGCCCACACUCAGAUCCGCAAGACUCCUCUCAAGCAGAAGAAGGCCCACUUGAUGGAAAUCCAAGUCAACGGUGGCUCCAUCGCCGACAAGGUCGAAUUCGCCCAUGGCCUUUUCGAGAAGACCAUCGACAUCGACAGCAUCUUCGAACAGAACGAGGUCAUCGACGUUAUCGGUGUCACCAAGGGUCACGGCUUCAACGGUGUCACCUCCCGUUGGGGCACUAAGAAGCUUCCUCGCAAGACACACAAGGGUCUCCGUAAGGUCGCUUGUAUCGGUGCCUGGCAUCCUAACCACGUCCAGUGGACUGUUGCUCGCGCUGGUCAGAUGGGUUACCACCACCGUACGUCCGUCAACCACAAGAUCUACCGCAUCGGCAAGGGCGACGAUGAGGGCAAUGCCUCCACUGAAUUCGACGUCUCCAAGAAGACUAUCACUCCUCUUGGUGGCUUCGUCCGCUACGGUGAGAUCAAGAACGAUUUCGUCAUCGUCAAGGGUGCGGUCCCUGGUGUCAAGAAGCGUGUCCUCACCCUCCGCAAGACCCUGUACCCUCAAGUCAGCCGAAAGGCUCUGGAGAAGAUCGACCUUAAGUGGAUCGACACCUCAUCCAAGUUCGGCCACGGUGCUUACCAAACACCUGCCGAGAAGCGUGCUUUCUUGGGUACACUCAAGAAGGACCUGGAGACCACUGCUUAA